AGCGUCGAGAGCGGGUUAAAGCGCCUUAAAAGCGGUCGGUUUGAAUCAGUGCGGGGACGAGCGGUUGGUGGAUGUUGUGUGAGCCGAAGGCCUCACGUCUUGUGUCCGGCUCCGUGUGGUGAAGACUGCUGUGUACUGCUAGAGGACACAAUGGAGCAGCGAUCUGCCAAGGAGAACCGCAGUGGGCUUCCUGGCUGUAAUGUGAAGAGCUUUGCCUCUAUGGCUGAUGGACCUAAACGUAUACCAGUUACCCAGCAACAUGCUGUCCAGGCAAAGCAAGCUAGUACUGGGAUAGCCCCACAAAGAGUCUUGUGCUCUUCCAACAUGCCCCAGAGAGUGCUAACUCAAAAACCUGUAGUAUCCAAUCAGAAGCAACAGACUGCACAACUGACCACUCAGAUGCUGCCAAAGCCAACUGCUUCUGUGCCACAUCCAUGCAGACCGCCGGCGGUGAUGGAAAGCAAGGAGCCGGCCCUGACCAGUACAUCAGCAGAUGACUCUGUUUUUCCAGCACCAGUUGUAGAAAAGACUACUGCUGAUCAGAACAAGGCUCCAGCUGGAAUCCUCAAGGAAGAGGGGAAAAAGAAGCAGUGGAGUCUUGAAGACUUUGAAAUUGGGCGUCCUUUAGGAAAAGGAAAGUUUGGCAAUGUGUACUUGGCCCGAGAAAAGCAGAGUAAAUUUAUCCUAGCACUGAAGGUUUUGUUCAAGUCCCAGCUGGAGAAGGCUGGGGUGGAACAUCAAUUGCGCCGGGAGGUGGAAAUUCAGUCUCACCUGAGGCAUCCUAACAUUCUCCGGCUGUAUGGCUACUUUCACGAUGCCACCAGAGUAUACCUCAUCUUGGAUUAUGCCCCCCGUGGGGAGCUCUACAGGGAACUUCAGAGGUGCACAAGAUUUGAUGAUCAGAGAUCUGCUACUUAUAUUAAUGAGCUGGCAGAUGCCCUGCUUUAUUGCCAUUCCAAAAAAGUCAUACACAGGGAUAUAAAGCCUGAGAAUCUUCUUCUGGGGUCCAAUGGUGAACUGAAGAUUGCAGACUUUGGCUGGUCAGUGCAUGCGCCAUCUUCAAGGAGAACCACCUUGUGUGGAACGCUGGACUACUUGCCCCCUGAGAUGAUUGAGGGUCGGAUGCACGAUGAGAAGGUUGACCUGUGGAGUCUUGGUGUCCUGUGCUAUGAGUUUCUGGUUGGGAAACCUCCAUUUGAAGCUGAAACUCACCAAGAAACCUACCGCAGAAUUUCAAAGGUGGAGUACCAGUUCCCUUCCUAUGUCUGUGAGGGCGCCAGAGACCUAAUAGCUAAACUUCUGAAGCACAACCCCAACCAAAGGCUGCCUUUAAAGGAUGUACUUGAACAUCCCUGGAUUGUACAGAACUCCACAAAGAAGGCACAGGGCAACCCAGGCAAGAUGCAGUGAGUCAAGGCUGCUCCAUAUGUUUAGAAGGCUUUUUGCACCCAACAUUCUCCACGCCGUUAAAUCUUGAAAUAUCUGUGCUGUGGUCAGAAUUUCCAAACUUCCCCUGAGGGGAAGUCUGAGAGAAGGGCUGUUGAUAUGAAUACCCUGAGUUACCAAGCUUUUACUUUCUGAGAGCACAGAAGAGCCUGUGGACGAAAUCUCUAUUUUGGGUGGGGAAUGGGAUGACCAGUGCAAUAGUGAUCCAUGAAUGCCGUGAUGUAUUUAUUGAGGCUGCGGACUCAGUCUUCACCUGCUGCUUGAAUCUGUGAAUGGGUCGUCCUGAUCUACUACAUGUAAAUACCUUUUAUAAAAACUCUCGUAAUGUGUCCUGUCUAUUUUACAUGUUGUUGCUAAUAGGCCACUUUUAAAAAAAAAAUUAAAUAAAGAAAA